AUGAGCGUGUAUGCUAGGGUGUUCUUCAAAAAUGUGGGCUUGCCGGUCGUCGGCUUCGGCAUUGGCUGGGCCGGCUUCACAGUUGUGGAGCAGAGUGGCCUUCUGACGGAGCCUAUGCAGCGCUGGCUCAACGUGCACAACCUCAAACUGCAGCUCUACACUCAGCGUCUGCUGCCGACUUCGGUGGUGGAAAAGUACGGCUGUCCAGCCGACACACUGAGGUCCACAAUUGAGCUCCUGGAAAAGGGGUACAAUGAGAACGAGAUCUCAGACCGCAUGUCCUUUGACGAGGUCUUAAGGGAAUGCGCUGUUCCGGAGCAGGUGGCGUACCUGGAGGAGCACGCGUCGGAGGAGAUUCCGUACUUUUACAUUGCGGACAUCUUUCAUUCCUGGGCAAAUUUGAACGUCCGCAGCUUCGUCCGUCAGCAGCAGUCUCUGAUGGACACGGCGGCGAACACUACGACCCCCACGUCACCUGUCGAGGGCGCUGCUGCUUCUUUCGCACUUGUCCUCCGCAACGAUGAGGCGUUCGACUCGGAUGUGCUGUGUAGCGCUCUGUGGGAGAAGAUGAUACACAGUGUAAUCCCUUUCGACGUGAGCAUCCGUGCCCUGUGCGUCUUAGCGGUGAACAAUCGAGCCAAUGCGCGGCGCCUGGCACGAUUGUCAUCGCCAGAGCGUGUGGUCGAGCUGUACAACGAGUACACAGACAAGAUUCAAGCGAAUCAGCAGCAGAGCAGUGGACCCGAUGUAGUCCCCCCUGAAGAGGUUGCCGCGGCCACACUUUUCUUUCUGCGUGCCGUCAACGACGCCUCGAUUCAGAAGCGGUGGAUUCCGCUGCCGGGAGCGUUGAGCACAGACCUCUACCCGCUUGCGUGGAAAGUGCAGCGCGAGCCCUGGUGCCGCGCCUUUGGCAACCUUACACCAACGGUAACACACGCGACGUCGGAAAUGGCGGUGAUGCUCGUAGAUGUCAUGAAUGAGCGACUGCGAUGUGUCGAGCUGCGUAAAGCCGAGACUGUGCCGUCACAGUCGUUAAUUUCUUAA